AUGUUUGCAAUAAUACAGGGCUCAGCGAAAUCACCUCUGGUGUCUUUGAUCGCUGGAGGCGCAGCUGGAGGCGUGGAAGCCACAGUGACAUACCCAUUCGAAUUCGCCAAAACACGCGUGCAGCUCCAUGAAGAUAGUCCGACACGCAAUCCGUUCCGGGUGAUCAAAGCAGUGAUUGAGAACGAAGGUCCCCGGGCACUGUACAAGGGAUGCGAGACGCUUGUGGCCGGCACGGUUCUCAAGGACGCGAUCCGCUUCAUUUCCUUUGACAGCAUCAAAAUGGCCUUCAAGGAUCCCGAGACCGGCACGCUCUCACCGCUGCGGAAUCUCAUGGCGGGCAUUUCGGCCGGAGUGGUUGCUAGCACGUUUGCGGUGACUCCCACGGAACGCAUCAAGACGGCGCUGAUCGACGAUGCGCGACACGAUAAGCGGUUCAAGUCCCCGUGGCACGCGACAAGCACGCUCAUCAAAGAACAUGGUCUCCUUCGCGCUUUGUACAGAGGCUAUGUAACGACGACGCUUAAGCAAGCUUCCACCACGGCCGUCAGGUUGGGCACGUACAAUAUCCUCAAGGACUACGAGCGGCUGCACAAUAUUCCGCAGACGACUGCUACCACUUUCGGGAAUGGUGCUGUCGCCGGGACUAUUGUUGUGUUCGUGACGCAGCCGUUUGAUACGCUGAAAACUCGCGCCCAGAGCGUCCAAGGUGCCGGCGUGGUUGAGGCCUUCACCAGCGUCAUCAAGGACUACGGCGUCAAGGGUCUCUGGAGGGGCAGUACCAUGCGCUUGGGCCGGACCGUCCUCGCCGGAGGAAUUUUAUUCACCACGUACGAAUGGAUCGCAGCUUUGAUCCAGCCCAUCUUGGAGAAGAAGCUCAUUAUUGCCCGAUCGGAAUGA